AUGCUCAACAUCGAACCACUACCGGCGAGCGGAUCGUACAAUUCGAAUUUUCAGCAUUCCCCCCUCGAUUACAAUCAGCCAGCGAUACGCGUCUUGAGGAUAAGACCGUAUUUGUCGGCAGAAGGAUACCUACAAUGCAGCCUGACCUCUACUACCACUAAGGACGAUUAUACCUGUCUGUCUUACACCUGGGGCCGAGAGGAUGCAGUGUGCCCAAUCUUGUUGAACUGGAGACUCUUCUUAGUUCGGCGGAACUUGAUGAACUUCCUAGAAGUUGCACGAAAGAAGUACCCGGGUCAGGCCCUCUGGAUAGACGCCAUAUGUAUCGACCAGCAUAGCGUGAUCGAACGCAAUCACCAAGUGGCCCAAAUGGGUGCAAUAUAUACUGCUGCAAAACACGUCAUCAUUUGGUUAGGUGGCAGUAGACCCAUCGCCCGAUUCUUUGAGGUCUGGAAGCAAUGCAAUAUGAUCAAGAGUACCUCUAAUUGGUGGAUUGAGGUCGCGAAGUCGCUAGUAGAGGUGGAAUAUGGUUGGCGUCUACUCACGCAACACGAAUAUUGGACAAGGGCGUGGAUCACACAAGAAAUUGCUCGCGCAAACAGUCUCUCCGUCUUGGCCAUGGAUGUGGAGCUGGAUCGUUCUUUGCUCAAAUAUAUUGGCAAGAUCCCAUUGUAUACACACGACGGUCUAGACUCUAGGUUCACACGCCACAUUGACCUCGCGCGCGGUCGUCGAUUGCUUCAUGACAGAUCACUGUUCUCCAUCCUGCAGGAAUUACCGAAUCAGCAUUGCCAUAUUCGCCGUGAUCGCAUAUAUUCUUUGCUGGCGCUUGCAUCGGAGGGUGCCAACAUACCUGUCGACUAUGAGAGAACACACCUGGAUAUCGGCGUGGAUAUCAUGAGGGCAUGCAGUGAAUCAGCCUGCAUAUGCUCUUUUGGGCUGAUCAAAAGAGUACUCGGGAUACCAAGUACGAACAAUGAUCUAAAAGCAGAGCCACUAGAUUACUUCGCUGAAGUCACCGUGCAGGCCUGUCAGCUAGUAAAUAUCUCAGAGGUCACUGACAGACCAGAGUACGAGUGCAAACACUGUGGAUGGAAAAGUUAUCUACAAAAGACAGAAGGUCCUUACAACGGCAUUCUCUGGGUCGACUCACUCUCGAGGGAUUCGAAUCAGCUAAGAGCUCUAACUGGUUCACCAUAG